GCGCACGGGAAAUGAAGCUCUGGGCGCUACCAAGCGCCACGGGCCAGGGUCGCGGGGGGACGCGGCCCUUGCGCACGCUCUGGCACACCGUCGAGGCCCUUGGCGCGACGAACAUCGUAACUUCAAAGACAGAAACCAGUGCGAGACGGCCACGGAGGUCGGUCUUUCCAGGGGAGUCGGUACAAAGUGCUGGAAACACUCCUGCAGCCCGCCCGAACCCCCCGCGGCGUGUCUAAUCGAGUCGCCCGGCCUGGGCGGGGCUUGCCAGCGUGCUGGCGUCACGGCGGGGCGUGGCCGAGCGGGGGUCAGCGCGCCUGCGCCCGCCGAGCGGGCGAGACAAAGGGGUGGGUCCCGCGCGGCCCCGCCCCCAACCGCCCCGCCCCGAGCGGCCGGGCGUGUGGCUCCCGCGUCGCCCGGUCCCCGUCGCUGCCGUCGUAGCCAACAUGUACCCCGUUGGUCCUCCGGCUGGCCCAGUCCCACGCCGUGGCCGCCGUCCCCCGCCCGGGCGUCCCGCGGAGCCGCCGCGGCCCCCCGCGCCCGCCCCGGGCCCUGCCGCACGGCCGCCUUCCUCAGCCCCCGGGCCUCGGCCGCGCGUGGCGGUGAAGAUGGCCUUCCGCAAGGCCUACUCUAUCAAGGACAAGCUGCAGGCCAUCGAGCGCGUUAAGGGUGGCGAGCGGCAGGCCAGCGUGUGCCGCGACUUCGGCGUGCCUGGCGGCACUCUGCGCGGCUGGCUCAAGGACGAGCCCAAGCUGCGCUGGUUCCUCGACCAGCUGGGCGGCGAGGUGGGCACGCAACGCAAGAAGAUGCGGCUGGCCAACGAGGAGGAGAUCGACCGCGCCGUGUACUCGUGGUUCCUCACGCUGCGCCAGCACGGCGUGCCACUGUCGGGGCCCAUCAUCCAGGCGCAGGCCGAGGCCUUCGCGCGCCAAAUAUACGGGCCCGAGUGCACUUUUAAGGCCAGCCACGGCUGGUUCUGGCGCUGGCAGAAGCGCCACGGCAUCUCCAGCCAGCGCUUCUACGGCGAGGCCCGGCCCCCGGCCCCGGGCCCCGCGCCACGCCCGCCCGUCAAGGAGGAGCCCGCGCUGCCCCCUGGCGCCGGCUCUCUGCCCGACCGGGCCCCGGCCGCGCCGCCCCCCGCUGAAGGCGGCUACGGCGACGAACAGAUCUACAACGCCAACGUCACGGGCCUCUACUGGAAGCUGCUUCCGGAGCAGGCUGCGGCCCUGGGCGCAGGGGACCCCGGGACAGGGGGCUGCGGCCGGCGCUGGCGGGGAGACCGGGUGACGGUGCUGCUGGCGGCCAACCUGACGGGCAGCCACAAGCUGAAACCGCUGGUCAUCGGGCAGCUGCCCGACCCGCCCAGCCUGCGCCACCACAACCAGGACAAGUUCCCGGCCUCCUACCGCUACAGCCCUGACGCCUGGCUCAGCCGCCCUCUGCUGCGGGGCUGGUUUUUCGAGGAAUUUGUUCCGGGCGUCAAGCGUUACCUGCGCCGAAGCUGCCUGCAGCAGAAGGCCGUGCUGUUGGUCGCCCACCCACCCUGCCCAAGCCCUGCCACCAGGAUGCCCGCCCUCGAGGAGAGCGAGGAGACCCCCCUGCGGUGCCGGCCUGAGCCCCUUGGGCCCCCAGAGGAGCUGCAGACACCUGAUGGCGCUGUACGUGUGCUGUUCCUAUCCAAGGGCAGCAGCCGGGCGCACAUACCCGCACCGCUGGAGCAGGGCGUGGUGGCUGCCUUCAAACAGCUGUACAAGCGGGAGCUGCUGCGUCUGGCUGUGUCCUGUGCUAGCGGCUCUCCACUGGACUUCAUGCGCAGCUUCAUGCUCAAGGACAUGCUCUAUCUGGCCGGCCUUUCCUGGGACUUGGUGCAGGCGGGCAGCAUCGAGCGCUGCUGGCUGCUGGGCUUGCGGGCCGCUUUUGAGUCCCGGCCUGCUGAGGAGGGUGCUGGGCAGCCAGCCUUCCAGGCCGAGGAGGCCGCUGAGCACAGCAGGGUGCUCAGCGACCUCACUCAUCUGGCAGCUCUGGCCUACAAGUGCCUGGCACCCGAGGAGGUUGCAGAGUGGCUGCACCUGGACGAUGAUGGUCUGCCUGAGGGCUGCAGAGAGGAAGUGGGCCCUGCCCUGCCCCCUGCACUGGCCCUAGCAGCUCCCCCACCGCCUGCCAGCCUGCCCUCUGGCAUGGGGGGUGCAGAGGAGGAGGAAGAGGCCACUGCAUACGGAGGAGCCUCAGUGCCCACUGCUGGGGAGGCUGUCCGGGGGCUGGAGACAGCUCUGCGGUGGCUGGAGAGUCAGGACCCCAGGGAGGUGGGGCCACUGAGGCUGGUGCAGUUACGCUCACUAAUCAGCAUGGCCCGGAGGCUUGGGGGCAUUGGGCACACCCCAGCAAUCCCUGAUGAUGGUGUGUGACCAAGCUGGCCCCAGUGGCCUUACUGCACUUGGAGGGAGGGGACACGCACAGUCUCCCAUUUCCCCUUUUUUCCUCCCUAUGGGGUGCGCCACCCAGUGGGUACAAAAGGUUGUAGGGAUCCAAGCCCAGUCUGGCUUGGAGGGCCUCUGUUGUCGACAGAUCAGUCAUCCUGCCUUACUGGGUCCCCCAGUCUGCUGGAGGGAUAGCUGGAAGAGAGGCCCCUAGCUCACAUUCCUGUCUGGGCAAGCACACAUGCGAGGUCCCCUCGGCAUGCCAGGCACACGAGGCACAGCACCUAUCAGCAGUUGGCUGUGUCCUGCUCUGGCCCCUAUGGGGCUGGGCCUCCCUCCCCUCACCACCUGUCACAUGCACUGGACAAGGACCUGAUACCCCUGUUUGUUUCGAGCCCUGGUGCUCCGUGGUUCUUCCACUACAGCUGUGGGAUCAUCUCAGUGGGGAAGCACACCACUUGGUUUUAUUUUUUUUAACACAGUAAAUCCAUUUUUAUAGAUACUCUUUAGGGGAGACUAUGAGAACAGGGGCAGGGGCAGGGUGGAGUGAUCUAUGGGCUGCCCCCUGCCAUUGCUCUGUAGCCUGGAAGCCCAAAUGGUGCAUGUUUGGAGCCUGGGGCUGAAGGGAGGACAGAGCCCCAAUACUCAGGGCUUCUCAAGGUUCUGGGUGUAGCAGGGAGUGUAUUGUCCCCCUGUACUUUUUGUUUUCCUUAAGAAAAUUCCAUUCUAAACAGAUAACCUUAUUCCAUGGGGUUGUUGAAAGUCUGUAUUUGGGCCCUGAUGACUUGACAAAUGGCAGGGAAAACUCCCCUGAUCCCCCAUGGAGCACAGGCCACUUUAUCCAGCCCCAGGGCCCGGAGCCACCUGGCUUGCCCCAAAACAGGCCCAGCACUGACGGCCAUCCGGUGCAAUCCACAGUGCCUUACAGUCGCCUUCCACCUGCUCCUCCUGCCCCCAGGGUCCCAUGCAGGCUUUUCUGCCUUUCCUGGCACUGCCCAGCUUGGGGCUGAGCUGCUUCUGGGUGGCCCAGUUUGAAAGGGAGAAAAGGGUUCAAGUGACUGUCCAACUCUCGUAGUGUUUUGCUACUCUAUCCAGUUCUAGGUUCAGAAUCCCACAGGUGGUCUGGGACUGAGAGAGGCCGUGCCUCUCGGUCCUGGGGACUGCCAUUGCAGGGAUGUAGCUCCAGAGCCCUGUGAGGGGCAGGGGCCUCCAGGUGCUCUCCCCUUGUCCUCAAUCACCCCAAAUGUCCUCCCAGUGGUCUGAGCCUUGAAAACAGAGUUGGUGAGUGUAGGGGGCUUACACGCAGAUGGUGUGUCUGGAAGGGAAGGGGUGUACACCAGCUUGAUAGUGGGGCAGCUGGAGGGUGUGCCCCCAAAAAGCAGUUUCUGCACAAGUCCAAAAACAAACAGGUCCUUAGGAUCACCCGGAAUCCAAAAAAAGAAAACAAACAAACAAAAAAAUGCAUAUCAAAUCUGAGAUUUGGAACUGGAUUAAAGAUAUGGAAAAUUUGUCAGCAACAGAAUCAGAGGCUUAUGUAGCCAGACUUGGUUCCUGCUGGGGCCCUCUGGCCACCUCUACUUCUAGCCUCCCUGAACCUGCAGAUCUGUCUGGGGCUAGCCCUGGGUCUCUACAACCCAAGCUGGGGCUGGGCUUCAGGAAUUCGUUUAGCCCCAUGAGCGUCCCCAAUGGUAUAGGCACACAGCUGGUAGCAGCUGGCUUCCCUGUGCCAGGACUGCCUCCAGUCUCUGAGGUGAACCUAAGGGCUCACGCCUGGGCCUUGACGUCUGGGCGGCCUCUGAUUGUCACCAUCAUUGCUGCUCCUUUGGUGAAGUUUUCAUCUCCAAACUUCCUGUCAGUUUCAGCUCUUCCCUUGGCCUGGGCCCAGAGAGGUGUCAUAUGGGGGAAGGGGACAGAAGAGAAAGACCCAGUCUUCCUCUUCACCUGUCCCACCCCUCUCUCAUCUGGGCAUCAGGGGCCCAGGAGGUGGCUCUGGCCUGUUCCCCUGCCCUCAGAUGGUCACUUUCCCAUAAGGCAGAUAUAGGCUGGCCGGGUGCUAGGAGCUGCUUAAGAGUCCCAUCAAGUGUGGGUCUGCCUGUGGGCAUCAGCUGGGCUAGGAAACCCCUCCACCAAAAGGCUCAAAAGGUCUUCUCUGAAGUGCUUGUGUGUACUACAGGGCAGAGGUUCAAUCCCCCAGCCCUGCUUGUGAGGAGGCUGCUCUGCCUGGCCCUUUGGGCAGCCCCUGCAAGUCCCCAGGGCCUGAAGCCAUGCACAGAUGGCAGGUGAGAACCUGGGGCCCUGCCCUGCCAUCAGCUUAUAGUCACCCACCUCUUUGGGCUCUGCUCAGUGUCUGUGAAGUGACCCCAGUGGGGGAGGGGGAGCCCCUUGGAAGGGCCAUGUGCUCUCACAGGGCUGCAUCUCUUCCUCACACCCCCAGGCCUUUGCUGUUACUUGCUGAGCACUGGGGGCAUUUAUUUGAGUUUGCCACCCUGGUUUGUGAUAACAUUCAAGCAAGCUGGUUGAAGCUGCAUUUCCUUUCAACAGCUAUUGGCUGCCUGGCCUGGAGGGUCUUGCCUGAUCCCUGCAGCCCUCAGGACCCCUGUGGCCUGGGAGGUGCAGACAGCCCUCCUGGCUCAGACAACUUUAUAGAGGCCACCAGCCCCCACCUCCACUCAUGUUCACAGCUCUGUGACCAGGCUCAAGGAAGGUCACAGUUCUUCAGGUUGGCGGUCUCUGUGUCAGGUUGAUUGUCAGAGCUCCUUGGCUUAGGGGAAGGCCAGCAAGGUGAAAGUGUGAAGAACGGAAAGAUGAGUGAAUGUGGGCUUUGUUGAAACCACCACUGGCCAUGUGUGCUUGGGAAGUGACUGCCUGGACAUCACCUGGGCUGUGAAUGAAACAUCAGAGCACAGGGCAGAGGGGACCCCCCCCCCAAGCUGGGGGCUGGCUCCACAGGGACCCCCAGCCCCUUUUAUUAUCUAUUUAGGAUUGGGAUUGCCCAUGGGGAGCCCAGUGGGGCCUGGGCAUUGUAUGCCCCAUUUGCCCCCUGGCUGAGUGUGCCCAAGGGUGAGGCUUGACCCCAGUGGCUUCUUGAGAGCAGACUUUGGGUUUCCGGGGUUCAUGCUAUAUUGAGGGGCCCUUCUAACACCUAACCUUGCUUACAGCUGAGUUCAGCUGGCCAGAUGGGCCUGAUAACACUUUAUAUAAUAAAGGUUGAACAUGUCAACUUCAUGA